AGCUGCAGCUGUAUCUUAAAUAGACUUUAUCUUCAUCUGUUUAAUGAAUUCAAUUUCUUCUUUUAUUGAUGCAGUGAUGUAUCCUGCCUAUGCCAAGUGGGUCACACAGAGAUCUUCCAAUCAAACUCAACCAGUGGUGCAACGUUGUGCGUUGGGAGUUCAAACACCCCCAGCCCUUCCUGAGGACCAGAGAGUUCCUUUGGCAGGAGGGACACACAGCAUUUGCCACUAAAGAGGAAGCUACAGAGAAGGUUCUGCAGAUUCUGGACCUGUAUGCUCGGGUGUACGAGGAGCUGAUGGCCAUCCCUGUGGUCAAGGGCAAGAAAACGGAGAAGGAGAAGUUUGCAGGAGGAGACUACACUACCACUGUUGAGGCUUACAUCUCAGCAAGCGGCCAAGUCUUUGGUUUGCAAAACAUCCAGAUAAUCUUAUUUUUACAGGAUCAAGACCUGGAGCCUGGUGCAUCUUCAAUGGGAGCCAAGAGUCUGUGUAUCCCCUUCGAGCCCUUGAAGAAACUGCAGGCCGGUCAGAUGUGUGUCAGCGGCAAAGAGCCUGCGCAGUUCUACACGCUGUUUGGUCGCAGCUACUGA